UCGAAAACCCUAACCCUAACUCGUUCGCAUGCUCGCACGCUUCCCCGUCGCCAUCCGGUCCGACCCGACCCGUAAUCUCCGGCAACGGCCGAAUUCCCCGGCCCUCGUUUUCCGGAGCUCCGUUCCGACCGUUUGAUACGAAGCCGGACCACCGUUCCGGUCGCCGGAAAAGCUUCGGCGCAGAACUCCACAGAAAUGAUUAGUUAGGAUUUGAUAGGGCGAGGAAUUAGGAUUUUCGGCUACACAUUCUUACUGUGAACUUUGAAUUGGAGACGAAAAGAUGGGAACUUGGAAGACAACCGGGAGAAAUUGGGUCAAUGUGGCGUAAGAAGAGAAUUAUGUGAUAGACGCAGUAUUGGAAGCAUAUUAUAUUGAUGCAUGGAAAGUACAAGAAAACAAAUGUUCAGGAGUAAUGUGUUGAAAUUUAGUUCCAAUAAUGUUUUUCAUGGUAGAAGAAUUAAAUUGCAAGCAUAAGUGGGGUUAAGAGAAAGAAGGCUGGUUAUGGCGACGGAUAUGCAGAAGCUAAUUGGAACAAGCGAAGAAGAUGAUGAGGAAGGAAUGGAAAUGGAUGUGAAAGAAGAGGACGAUGACGACGAAAGCGGAGAGAAGCUAUCUCAUGUGGCUGCCACUCCGAUAAUGGUACGUAUUGAUGGAGUAAUGCCAGUGAGCAGCAGCAAUAAUAAUCAUCGAUUUCAGCAGCACCAGCAAAUACAGGAAGCGGGCACCCCUGGUGGAGGUGGAGCUCGUAGAUGUAGACCACUUGAAGAGAAGGAGAGAACAAAGUUAAGGGAGCGGCACAGAAGAGCUAUCACUGCAAGAAUCUUGGCAGGGUUACGGAGGCAUGGAAAUUAUAAUCUUAGAGUUAGGGCAGACAUCAAUGAUGUAAUUGCAGCUUUGGCUAGGGAAGCUGGCUGGGUUGUACUUCCAGAUGGAACCACUUUUCCUUCAAGAUCUCAGCCUCAGGGUUCUAGACAUACUGGAGCUCCAGUGGCCACUUCAUCUUCGCAUAUGGGGCAACAACAAAUUCCACCUGCUUCCUUAAAAGGUGUUGGUUCUGGCUACCAGAGCUCUGUGGAGUAUAAUGAAUGCAGAAUGAAAGGCGUUUAUAUGCCCAACUCAUCACCAUAUGAUAUUUCCACAAGUGCUCGAUCUCAAACUUCACCUAUGAUGGGAGAUGGAGGGGAACAAACUGAAAGUCAUCCUCUUAUUGGUGGCUCUAUCAAUGCCAUCGAUGACAAGCAGGUUGUUGACGUUCCUCCCAAGUUACCAGAGCGCGAUUUUUCUAGCACCCGCUAUGUUCCCGUUUAUGUGAUGUUACCAUUAGGUGUCCUUAAUAUGAAGUGUGAGCUGGUUGAUCCAGACGGUCUACUAAAGCAGCUAAGGGUAUUGAAAUCGGUUAACGUGGAUGGUGUUGCUGUUGAUUGUUGGUGGGGAAUUGUGGAGGGACAUGUGCCACAGGAGUAUAACUGGAACGGUUACAAGAGGCUUUUUCAGAUGGUGCGUGAGCUUAAGCUCAAGUUACAGGUUAUAAUGUCAUUUCAUGAAUGUGGAGGCAAUGUCGGUGAUGAUGUUUGUAUUCCAUUGCCACAUUGGGUGGCAGAAAUAGGUCGAAGCAAUCCUGACAUCUUUUUCACUGAUAGAGAGGGAAGAAGGAAUCCUGAAUGUCUUUCAUGGGGAAUAGACAAGGAACGAGUUCUUAGAGGCCGGACAGCUGUUGAGGUAUAUUUUGACUACAUGAGGAGCUUUAGGAUAGAAUUUAAUGACUUCUUUGAAGACGGUAUCAUCACCAUGAUUCAAAUUGGACUAGGUCCAUGUGGAGAACUGCGGUAUCCAUCUUGUCCAGUAAAGCAUGGUUGGAGAUAUCCUGGCAUUGGUGAAUUCCAGUGCUAUGAUCAGUAUUUGCUAAGAAGUCUGAGGAAGGCAGCAGAAGCAAGAGGACACUCCUUUUGGGCCAGAAGUCCAGAUAAUGCAGGUUCUUAUAAUUCCCGGCCACAUGAAACCGGCUUCUUCUGUGACGGGGGUGAUUAUGAUGGCUAUUAUGGCAGAUUCUUCCUUAAUUGGUACUGUCGGGUGUUAGUUGAUCAUGGUGAUCGGGUACUUUCUUUGGCAAAAUUAGCUUUUGAAGGCACCUGCAUUGCUGCAAAGCUAUCAGGUAUUCAUUGGUGGUACAAGACAGCCAGUCACGCUGCCGAGAUGACUGCUGGUUUCUAUAAUCCAUGCAACCGCGAUGGUUACGCUGCAAUUUUGUCAAUUCUAAAGAAGCAUGGAGCUGCCUUGAACUUCACAUGUGCCGAAUUGCACAUGUUAAACCAUCACGAGGACUUCCAGGAAGCACUAGCAGAUCCUGAGGGGUUAGUUUGGCAAGUGCUCAACGCAGCCUGGGAUGUCUGCGUAUCGGUCGUGAACGAGAAUGCUCUGCCUUGUCAUGAUCGAGCAGGCUAUAACAAGAUUUUGGAUGAUGCUAAGCCACCAACCGAUCCAGACGGAAGGCAUUUUUCAUCUUUUACCUACCUUAGGCUCAAUCCACAUCUCAUGGAAAGACACAACUUCAUGGAAUUCGAACAAUUUGUUAAGAGGAUGCACGGGGAUGUAGUCCAAGUUUAACGACCAACUUGGUGCUGAUAUUGUAUUAUUGUUGAUUUGUUUAUCCCCCAAAAACUUGUAGGUAUUAUCUAUUGCAGAUGGGUAAUAAUGCUUUGUUAUUUAUGCGUUUUUAGGCCGUAGAUUGAAAAAACAAAGCAUAAUCAAUAUGUCUGAUCAAUCUGUAGAUUGCAUUAACUCCCUUCUUUAGAUAGCAUGCCAGCAUAUAUGGAAUCAUUAGUCAAUUUCAGCGGCAGAAAAUGACACCAAAAAAGGAAAAAAAAAAUGUUACCCAUUCGCAAACGCAGUUGUUCGAUCCGAGGUUAUGAGGUCAAGAAAAGCUUAUGCCACCAGUUAACUUUGAAUCUUUGAUGACAUAUUUCGAAAAAUAAAUAGAAAUUAAUUGGAAUAAGAAAUCUGGAAAUGACCCCCAGAUUA